AUGAGACCUACCGUAGGCAUCGUCUCCAUCGGUGAGAUGGGCCUGGGCAUGGCCCGACUCCUCAAAGCGCAUGACUACCAUGUGAUGACCGUGGCCCAAGGACGAAGUGAGCACACCCUCGCGCGAAUCAACUCGGCGGGCAUCGAGAUCCUCCCCUCGGACGAAGACCUAGUAAUCCAAGCCGACUACAUCCUCUCAAUAGUACCGCCGAAAAACACCAUGGCGACGGCGCAACGCAUAGCCAAAGCGUAUGCAUACACCUCGCCACAGAACCAGACCAAAGAAGCGGCUCGGGAAGGCAGCCGACUGAAACGAAACGAACUAUACUACCUCGAGCUGAACGCCGUUCCGGCGCGCAUGGCCGCGGAGAUGGCAAGCCUAUUCGACGCCAAAGAAAAUUCCGAUCUCAAGAUCUCGGACAAGUCGGACAUUUCCGACCAGUCAGGCAAGUCCGGCUGCCACUUUCUCGAUGGCGGCAUCAUAGGCGGGCCGCCGCAAAGCACGCAAGAUGGGUGGACAAGGCCUAGCGUGGUGCUUUCGGGCGCUGUGGAUAUGCAUCUGGCCCCUGCGUUCGAAGCACUGGCAGAAGUCUUGAAUCUCCAGUUGGUCUCGGCGCAGCUUGGAGCGGCGAAAACGCUCAAGCUCUCCUUUAGUGCGCUGACCAAAGGCCUAACUGCCCUGUCGAUUAUGUCAUUCUCCACGGUGCACAAGGUGUCGAUGCUGCCACAGCUCUUGGCGUUGUUGGAGGAACAGUCUCCGCGAACGGCGGCUCUGGCGACUCAUGGUGUUAUUGGGAUGAGUCCUAAGGCAUAUCGGUGGGAGGAUGAGAUGCGUGGGAUUGGGGAGAUGUUGGAGCGUGUGGGUGGGUGGGAUGUCGGCGGGUCGGCUUAUGGAGGGAUUGCGGCGGUGUAUCGGACUAUUGCGGAGGAUACAAUACUAGGGCAGGAACGAGUUGAACAUCGUGUCCGCGGUGUGACGGUUGACGAUGCCGCUCGGAUCAUUGCUUCACGGGCCAGUAUGUCAUAG